AUGUCCCCCGCCAAAACGUCACUCCACUCCAACCAUCUCGCCACUCCUCCUCGUGACAUUUCGCCCACCCCCACUCUCGACUCGGCAAAGAGCGACGACAUUCUCACUCCUGCUCAAAACGCCUCUGGCGCCUCUCCAUUGGUACGAUCGCCCACUGCCGAUACGUUGGUCAGUGGCGACCUGCAUUCCGACUCUCGUCAGAUCGAGGAGCCCGUCAAAGCUCACAAGAGACCCCACUUCUGGCGCUUGACGCCUUCGCCUUCGCCUUCUAGAACACUCGUCAGCCUUGCUGAGAGGCUCGAAGGGCAAGACGUAGAAAUGGAAGAUGCCCAGCCUCCAUCUCCUGAGCAGACUCCUCCGCCUCUUCACAAGCCUGUUGAGCUGGAGGAACUGCCAAAACCUUCUGUCGAAUCUCUACCCAUUGUCGACCCCCGCUUGAGGCUCUAUCCGUUUGUCCUUCCCCCUGGACUCUGGGACGCCAAGCCCCAGCCCGACGCCAACGGCGUUGAGCAUGAGGCGCGUCCUCUGCUCCCUCUCAAGCCAGUCGCCUCUUCCUCCUUUGUCGACCCCUGCACCCCCGCCCCCCCAUCUCCCCGUGUCCUCCAAGACCCCUCCCUGCCGACCGACCACUCCACCUUCCGCAUCCCCUCCCCGCUCCUCAAAAACUCCCCCACUGCCACCUUGCACCUCUCUUCCACGGCACCCUAUCCAGGAGAGCCGGAAAAGCAGGGCCAACUCGUUUGGCUCGAUCUCAAAUUGGCCUACCAUCUUCACCGUGGCGGCUGCGUCACAGUGCGCAAUUUUGAGGGAAGGGCGAGAACCGUUUUCGGGCCGGUCUUGGCGAGGAAGGCGCUGGGGAGAGGAAUGAUUGUGAGGCGAGAGGCCAUGGGAUCGGGACAUACUGGGGCUAUGCAGGCUAGGCGCAGGUGGGCGAGCGCGAGGGAAGCGGCGCAGAGGGAAGCCGUCUUCCGGGCUUUGAUGCCUGCCACUCCAAAAGGGCAACGAGGACCGAGGGGAUCUAGGAGAAGGGCGUCCGUCAAGUUCUGA